CCAGAUUUGUAGGAGGCAGCAGAAAGCAGACGCCUCCUUCAGCUCGGGCUCCCUGCAUCCAGAGUUCCUGCACCAGGCCCCUGAGACCGCCAAGGACCGGAGCCAUCAGCGCUAACGAGGAGGCAUCCGCUCUGUGGUACUGUAUACUCCCAGCUAAGGCUGCUGAUACCCUUGCUGUGAGGCAGAAGAGAAGGAUCUAUGAUAUCACCAACGUUUUGGAGGGGAUUGAUCUCAUUGAGAAGAAGUCAAAAAACAGCAUUCAGUGGAAAGGAGUAGGUGCUGGCUGCAAUACAAAAGAAGUCAUAGACAGGCUGAGGUAUCUGGAAGCUGAAAUUGAAGAUCUAGAGCUAAAAGAAAAAGAAUUGGAUCAGCAGAAACUGUGGCUUCAGCAAAGUAUCAAGAAUGUCAUGGAUGACUCUACAAACCACCAGUUUUCAUAUGUCACCCAUGAAGAUAUCUGCAACUGCUUCAAUGGAGACACACUUCUAGCAAUUCAAGCACCUUGUGGUACACAGUUAGAAGUACCUAUACCCGAAAUGGGACAGAAUGGACAGAAGAAAUACCAGAUCAAUCUUAAAAGUAGUUCAGGACCUAUCCAUGUGCUGCUUAUAAAUAAAGAAUCAAGCUCCUCCAAGCCCAUGGUGUUACCAGUUCCUCCGCCCGAUGACCUUGCACAGCCCUCAUCUCAACCUGCAGCUCCAGCGACUCCCCUUAAACCUGCUACAGCUCCUCAAAAUCCACCAGAACAACACGAUCUGAACCAAGGACAAGAGUUGCCGCAAACAUCGGUUGCGGACACGCCAUCAGAUGCCAGCGUGCAGCAGAACAGUGCAACCCCAGCAGCUCCUUACUCCAGCCUUCCAGAGUCGGUGUUGUACCCCAGCCUUUCAGGAGAUGUCGCCCAAGCUACAGCUAGCUCAAAUGACUACCAGGGCUUGCUGCCCCUGGACGUUAACUGUAUUCUCAAGCCAAACUCAUUCGACAUAGCAAAGAUUGAGGAGCCCGCAGGAAAUAUCAGUGGGGAUAUUAUUGAUGAACUCAUGUCUUCUGACGUUUUUCCUCUCUUACGACUCUCUCCUACUCCCGGAGAUGACUACAACUUUAACCUGGAUGAUAAUGAAGGAGUCUGUGAUCUCUUUGAUGUGCAGAUACUAAAUUAUUAGAUAUUGUGUCAACCAGACUACUUAUCUACCUCUAACUAUAACAUUCUAGACUUCUUCAUAACCUAAGUAUUUGGAUAAUGAAUGUAUAACUUCUUAGUUCACUGACUCUGGGAGUAUAUUUCCUUUUGCUUCCUUUAACUACUUCACAAAACAAAUUCAACAACCAGAAAAAAGGGCUUUUAUCAAAAAUUCUGGCACGUUUUUUCACCUGAGUGUCCUCUGUGUAAUCCAAUUAUUUGGAAUUUUCUUUAGUAAGAAAAGUGAAAGUGCUUUACAGCCUUUUGAUCAUUUUUUAAAAAAUGAUUAGGCUUCUUGCUCAGAGUUAACAGCAUUUUCUUUGAAGCUUUACUGCCAAGAAGCUUUCUAUAUAUUUUUUUUUUAACCUUUCAAUCAAUUUUGAAGCUUUCACUGCCAAGCUGAAAAGUGAAGGAUAUCAACUUGAGUUAUGCUAAAUUGUUUCAGUGAACCAAUUUUGUGAAGUGCCUUCUGUUUUAGCACUUUAAGUUUCUCACACUGACUUCUGACAUUCCACUUUCCUGGAUGAUAGGAAAGGUCUGUUUGUAGUUUGUAUUAAAGUGUGCCAAUACUUGUAUAUUAACAAGAUUUUUUUAAUAAAAUUGUACAAACAAAUCCA